AUGUGCGGAUUCUCUCGUCGUUUCGAUGCAUCGUACCGAGGUGCGCAUGAGAGCAUUGCAAGCGGCGAAUUUGGAUUACCGAUUAUUUUCCGUUCCCAAACUGCAGACCUUCUCGAUCAAUCUGGCUUUUUCGUGGAGUAUGCGAAGACAAGUGGUGGAAUCUUUGUUGAUUGCUUUACUCACGACAUUGACCUUAUGCUAUGGUUCAUGGGCGAAGAAAGGAAAGUCAAAAGCCUUCAAGCAGUAGGCGUUACGGCUGUUCAUCCAGGUUUACGAGAUAGUGGCGAUCGGGACAAUGCCCUGGCAACAGUGGAGUUUGAGGGUGGCAAGAUUGCGGCAUUGUACUGCUCACGCAUGAUGGCCGCUGGACAGGAAGAUACCACAGAACUUAUCUGCGAGAGAGGCUCAGUCAGAAUCAACAUGCAGCCACGAAAGAACCAUGUUGAGUUUCACGACUCCCAAGGCUCCAGGCGUCAAUUUCCUCAACAUUACUAUGAGCAAUUUAGGGAGGCAUUUGCUACUGAGGCUCGCGAGUUUACCAAGUGUUGCCUGGAUAACAAGCCGGUGCCUAUCAGCCUUAAGAGCUCAGCUAAGGCUGUUGCUAUUGGCCAGGCUCUUCAGCGAAGUUUGAUCAGUGGCGAGAAGAUAGUAUUUGGCAAUGACUUGACUUCAAGUUCUAAGCUUUAG